CUUCACGGCCCUUUCGUUAGGUUCUUCCUUCUAUCACCGCUGGGUUUGCGCCGUGAGGCCCUCCCAGGACACCGUCCCGCGCGCGCCCGGCUGGGAGUCCGGCGAGGACCUGCCUCCGCGACAUGGCCUGCUCAGAGGCUGAGUGGGUAACCAUUGCCAAUAAUCUUCUUUUGCAAUGUCACAUACACCUGAGGAUUCGAGAACUAGAAGACUGUGAUGCUAAUGUUUUUAUUGCUCUUUAUCAGUCUGUUUUGGGAGAAAAGGUACCAGACCUCAUAGCUAUUCCCAGGAGUCAAGAGGAUGAAGCUCACAAUGUACAAGCAGUAAUUGAUUCAUUGGCUUUGGAUUAUCUGCAGGUCAGCUUGUCUCACAUAACAGGAGAAAAUAUAGUGAAAGGAGAUAAAGAAUCUAUUAAGAAUCUCCUAGAAAUAUUUGAUGGGUUACUGGAGUAUCUUACAGAACACAUCAGUGAAACAUCUCACGAGAAAAGUGAAACUGGACAGGGUUCUAAAGAAUCCCAUCGAGGAGACCCUUUGGAAGAGCGAGAAAGUACUAAAGAAUCCAGAUCAUCAUGGAAAAGAGUUUCUUUUGAGAGGUGCUCCUCGUCAUCUGAUGCAUUGGGCCCCUCUUGGGGUGGAGAUGAAGCAGAAUCCACUGGUGAAAUAAUUAGACUUGGAGACACAGCACACACGUUUUCUCUAAGAAGUAAUGGUGCCCAAGGUCCUAAUGAAAUGCAGUCUAAAAAAGCCUCAACCCUACCAUGUUCUGACUCACAUGAAGAAGUGCUGAACACUCCCUCAUCUAGUUUUUUGUCCAAGAGUGGGACAUCCUUUGUUGAAGACACGGAAAUUCCUUCUGUGGAUAUGAUUCCAAAUGCUAGGAAGUUAGGGGAGCCUAUCCGAUCAGCUAUUCCUUUACAUCCACCUUACCAUCCUUCAGAGCCUCGAGCUCCCUGCCCCAUAGGAAAAGAAUACUUGCGUUCAAGUCACUGCUCCCAUACCAUGAAUUCUACUGGAGAAGGCACAGCAUUUUCUGUGGAACCCGAUAAUAGAGUUUUCUUAACUUCCAAGUUGUCUAAAGACGGCAAACAGGAAAUGUAUCCAGUUCAGGUCCAAGGCCCUAGGACAAGGAAGCUUCGCAAAGGAAAAAGAUAUGAAAACAGAGCUGCAGUCUCAUCCUGGGAUUCACCUUUCUCCCAGAGGGCAGGAAAGAGGUUAACAGAACAAGAAUUACAUGCAGUAUCAGAGAAACUAUCUCAGCGCCUCUCUGAACUAGAUUGGAUGUUAAAAAGUGCCCUGGGUGAUCGAAUUAAAGAAAAGACCGGCUUUGAAGAGGAGGAUAUUGGAAAUGAAGAGGUGGAAAGUGGAAAUGAUGAGACACUGUCUCAGCAUAGUGACAGCAUCGUGGAGUAUGGGCCGAAGAAGCAAAGGCCAGGUACCUAUCUUAGGCCAGGUAUAUUUAAGAAACUGUUUGAAGAAGGUUUACAAAUUCAAAAGCAAAGAUUACGAGACCUAAGAAACUAUGCCAAAGAAAAGCGAGAUGAACAAAAGAGACAGCACCAAAAUGAACUGGACUCAAUGGAGAACUACUAUAAAGACCAGUUUUCAUUGCUGGCAGAAGCCAUAUCACAGGAAUGUCAAGAGCUCAAAGCCAGAGAGAAAUCCCAGGCCCAGAUGUUGUAUAAGGUGAAGAGGGAACUGAGAUCUAAGAUGGAGAAGGAAAUUCAACAGCUGCAGUACAUGAUAACACAGAACGACGAUGAUGCCUUCUUCCGGGAACUGGAAGCUGAGCGCUUUGAAUCUCGGCUUCAUCUGGCUUCCUUUCAGUAUAGUAAAAAUCCCUUCCUAUGAGGCCAGACUUCCUAAGUGUGGACUUUACUGGCUCAAUUCUAGCUCUGCCCUGGUAAACAAUCUAACCCAGAAGAAUCAUUUCUAAAUAACUUAUCUAUAUACUGACUCUAAUACUUUUUAUGAAAUAACUUUGAAAAUAAAAAUUGUUUUCUUAGUUUA